AAUUGAAGUUCACCAAUCACCGUAUCAGUAGUGCCUGAAUGGAGGUGCCUUCGAAGCGGCCUAAUACAUUGCCCAGUGAGAUGUGUUUUGUGAACACAGGCCCACCUAUCCAAAUUUGAGCUCCAUGGGGUGUCCCAUUGAACUGAAUGACUAGGGGUAUAAGGCACAUAUGAGUAUGUUGAUUCCCAUUCCUAUAUUUAUUGCUUACGUCUCUAUCCCCGGCGGUAAACGUAAUGUAGUUGGUGUUGUUAUUAGACAUGUCCUACAGUUGCACCCACCCAUACAUGCAUUAUAAGUGAUUACCAUUGUGAAAGGGGUGAAAGGCAAUGUUGACUUAACUAUUAAAUUACCUUUGCGAUAAACAAGCGAUUUCAAUGCCUUUUCUCAAGCACAUUCAGGCUAUAUAUGCCAGUAAAGAAAAUACACAUUUACAGACAUAAAUGAGCCAGUCAAAAUUCACGGACGUGACAGAAUUGUCCCAAGUCUAACAAAAUACUAUAGCUGAUACAUUUCAAUAUAUUUAUGCCUACAUUUAAGUCUUAAUAGUAUUUUGUUUACAUCGACAUAUUUAUAAUGCAGCCUAUGUUCCUUUUGAUGAUUUGCAGUAGGCCAUGGUCAAGGAAGCAGUUUUGAUGCUUGGAGUUUGAAAAUUACAAAAUUGGUCUGUAAUGGACUGACUGAAAGAUCAAACAUUUGCUUCAGAACAUGACCGGGACAUACUUUUUGGUGGGCAAGGCAAAUACUCGAAUGAGUUCAAGACGACCUAUCCGAAGUUCAUAAAAGGGAUUAUUGCAUCUAGGCAGCGUUCGAUGCUUCUGGCUUUUCCUCUGGAUUUGGGAUUUAUUGCUUCUCGACAGAAUGGAAAGCCGGGAUUUCGCUCCUCCACACCACCUCUUGACAGAGCGGGGCGCGUUGGUUCACCACGCCUCCUCUCGGAUAGCUUCUGGCGGCCGAGGCACCGUGCAGCACCCCGCUCACUUCCAGCCUGGAAAAUACUUUUCCUCUCACAUCGCCAGGGCACCACAUUCAGGUGCGUCGUUCAUGGGCUCGUUUCUGGCCAGCAGUUUGGGCUCUCCCCCGUCUCACCCUGCCUCCCCUUCCUCCCCCUCCUACAGGGGAGGACCUCACUCCAACCCCCCCUCCAUCUGGUUCCCCCACUCACAUGAAGGGUAUCCCCGGUAUUCAGGAGGUCUGAGUUCCCCCUUUCUUCCCAUGAGCCCCUUGGAUCACCAUAGCAACAGCAACGUUCUCUACGGACAGCACCGCUUCUACGACACUCAGAAAGAUCAUUUCUACUUGCGAAGCCUGCCGUCCCAGUCCCCUCUUCUCUCAACCAAUCACAGCCUUCUGCCAUUGUCUAGGACUGCCCCCGGACAUCCUCUGGGGUCCUGCAGCAGAGAAACAGACUCUGGGGGAGGAAGAGGUGGAGGGGGUCUCCAAAAGAGCUCCAAGGAACUGGGGAUGGUGGAAAAGAGUGUGUCGAAAGAGAGAUCCAGCAGCAAAGAGAGACACCAGGAGAGCAAAGAGAGACAUCAUCAUCACCACCAACAUCAGCCUCAUCCGUUCUCUCAACCCCACUCCCUCCCCACUCACUUGAGUGAGGAGGACCACCGACACAAAACCCCCAACCUGCCCACGGAAUACAGGGACGACCCCGCAAACCAGGGCUCCAAACACAACUGUGCUCAACUUAGUAAACUAUCCAAUGGAGACUCUGUGUCCAAGGACGGGUCCCUGAACAGCUGUGGGAGUGGAGGGGGUAGCAGACCUCAGGGGAGUGGUAGUGGGGGGGUGAGGCGAUGCUCCAAUGAAGGGGGGGUGAGCGGGGAGAUGAGGAUAAGCGAAACUCUCCCCUCCUCCUCGUCAGACUGUCUGCGUCGAGCAGCCAUGAUGGGACCCCACAACCCCAAUGCCAUGGCUUCUUACUCCAUGCCCCCACCCCCUCCUCCACCCCUACACAUGGGCCCUGCUGUGGGAGGGGGCUGGCUGCACCACCCUCAUCACCCCCAUCACCAUCACCCUGAGUUCUACUGCCCCCCUGCCCCCACCCCACUCACCCUCACCCAUCCUAAAGACGGAAAGGAGGUAAAAGUCUCUGGCCCAACGUACAUCCCCUCAGUCGGGCCUUUAGUGGACAUGGGGUCCCCUGACUGCCAUGGUGCUGGAGGAGGAGGAGGAGGAGGAGAUAAGGAUGAAAAAGGGGCAGAGAACAGCGGAGGAGGAGGAGGAAGAGGAUCUUGUGAAAGUCUUCCUUCUCCUCUUCAUCCUCAUCCUGAUCGUCCUCAGUCUAGUAGCUGCCAGAGGAAGCCGUCGUCCCAGACGCAGCAGCCACAGCCACAGCAGCAGCUGGGCUACUGCAAGGCAGACAAGCCCCCAGACUGGAACCAGAACCACAACUACAACCAACACCACAGCCAGAAUACCCAGCCCAACUCCCAGCCUCAGCCCCAUAACCCUAACCACCAGUCUGGGCCUCGCUCUUGCAGCCUAGAGGCCUCUUCCACCAGGGGAAACCUAGAGGUCCUAGAGGUCUACCGGGCCUCCCUGCCUCUGGAAGCCCAGAGUGCUCACCCCAAGACUGGGCCCUACGCCAGCACCCCGCCCUUCCGGGACUGUUCACACUCAGGUCCUCCUGAUGGAAAGGGGGGGUUGGGGGGGAGUGGAGGUGCCCAGAGAGAGGGACAGAAGGUUGCUAGGAUACUGCACCAGCGGCACAGUAGUCAUGGAAGCGGGUCGGGUUCUGAUGGAUCAGGGACUGAGAGGGGGAGAGAGGGGGGGAAGCAGAAUCGGAAUCAGAAGAGUGAGGGUGUUGUCAUGGGGUACGGGGGUCAAACUCCCUCCACGCUGCACCCCUGGGGGAUACCGAGGGGUCCCCAAGAGGACGAGAGGAGGAUCUCCCCAUACUCAGAGUCCUACCCAGAUAACAAGACUCAAAACCACCACGAUCAACAGCACUGUAAGACAGCUCCUCAUCCCUCUCACCCUCACCCCUCCUCCCGCUCCUCCCCCCACCCAGAAGGAGAGAGCAGUGCCAUGAAGAACCUGAUGAACUACAGUUCCCAGCAGCCUUUGCUGCUCUCCCAGAGGAGUCUCUUCGGGGGGCUGGGCUGCCUGAAGCAGGGGGGCGAGAGGGGCGAGAAGGGGGGCAGAUCCAGCACCCCUCAGGACCACCCCAAACAGCCCCUACCCCCCAGGAGAGGGUCCACCAGCGAGGGGGAGAGGAUGGAUGGAGGGGGGAGAGGUAGAAGGGAGGCGGGGGAGACACACGGGGAGGGGGAGGUCCGACAGCCCCCUGUGGGUAUAGCUGUGGCGGUCGCCCGGCAGAGAGAGCCCCCCCAACACCCCUCAGACACCCACCCAGGACACAGCCGACAGGGCAGGGUUCUGCCCAGUGUCAAAGGUGUGUCUCGGUCUGUGUACCCGCUGGUCCGGGAGGCAGAAGAGAGAAAGAGGAUGACCGAGGAGCAGCUGAGCCUUCAUCACCUCGACCGAGACAGAGAACUCCUCAUCAGGGAAAACCAGGAGAGAGGGGAGUUUGCCAGGAUCCACCCAUCCAGCAGUUGCCAUGGUGACCUGACAUCUCACCUUCUGGUGCCUGGCGGGGCCAGCCAAUUAGGUGGAGACCCUUCUGCUCACGCCCACCACCAUUGGAUGCAGCGGACUGGAAGUCCCUCCCUCUGGAUGGGCCAUUCAUAUGGUCUGAGCCAUGCUGCGCUGCACCAGAGUAUGGGCCCAGGGUUCGGCCCUGGCCUGCCUCUGUCCCAGGACCCCUCUGGCUCCCUGGUGGUCCUGCCCUCUGAGCCUGCACACCACCACCUGGAUGUGAUGGAGCAGUCAGCUCUGUGGCCCUCGGUCUAUGGAGCCCGAGGCCCGUCCCCCCACAUGCAGCAUCACGCUGUUUACUCCCGUUCUCCGUUCCUACGACAACAGGAGCUCUAUGCCCUGCAGCACCACCACCACCAACAACAACACAGGGCCAUGGAGCACAUGCACCGACAACACACACUCUCACAGAGGAAGGCAGAGGAAACUACUAUCACCAUUGAUGACCGUCCUCUCCACGAGACCUCGAGAACCUCCCGUGCUGCUAAGCUCUUCUCCCACACCCCUCCCUCCAAGACUACCCCUCCUUCACAGGGGGUGUGUCCUAGCAGCCACCAAUCACCCUGCUGCCACUCCCCUUCCAGGAGACCACACCCACAGAACCUUCUAAACCCCGCCCCCAGCCCUGCGGCUGCAGCUCCAAGAUCCCCAGCUCUAAGCCCCGCCCCCUCACACCUGUUAAAAGUAGUGGAGAGAGGGGAAAGAGGAGAGGGGCAGCUGCCUCAGGAGUACACACAAUCCUUAGAGCCAGAUCUUCCACCAGGUUACACCUAUCAAGAAAUCACCAUGCGUUACAAGGCUGGUCCUUCCCUAGAGGACGCUCGAUUUGCUGAACAUGCUGAUCUGGAGGUGGAGCCAGCUGAACCCUGCCCUAAGCUCCGCCCACACACCACAGGGAUUGUGGAGAAUGAGGAUGCGGAAAAAGAGAAGGAGAAUGGCUGCACAGUUGUAGAAUCUAGUGGAGUUGUAGAAAGGGAACGAGAAGGAGCAGAGGUGGAUGGGCAAUCAGUAUCUGAGCCCCCACUAUUUGGAGUGAAGACCCCUGAAAUGGUGUCUUGUCCUGCCCAAGUUUCAAACUCAUCCUCAGACCCAUCCCCAGCCACAAUUCCAGCUCCAGCCCCAGUCUCUGCUUCUGAGGAUGCCCAGAAAGUAGAGGUCUUUGUGGGCAGCCUGGCUCAGCCAGCUAACUUGAAAGACUCACAACCAGCAGAGGAGAAGAAAGAGGAGAAGGAGGAAAGUUCAGUAGAGUUGAAAAAUAACCACAUACCAGAUUGUACUGUUUCCCUGGAGCUAACUAUACAUGGGGAGGAGGAGAGAGAGAGAGGUGAGGAGGAGAAGGAGGUAGAGGAGAAGGAGGAGAGAGAGAGGUGUAAGGAGGAGAAGGUAGAGAAGGAGGAGAGAGAGAAGAGUAAGGAGGAGGAGGUAGAGGAGAAGGAGGAGAGAGAGAAGAGUAAGGAGGAGGAGGUAGAGGAGAAAGAGGAGAGAGAGAAGAGUAAGGAGGAGGAGGUAGAGGAGAAAGAGGAGAGAGAGAGGAGUAAGGAGGAGGAGAACAUAGAGGAGAAGGAGGAGAGAGAGAAGAGUAAGGAGGAGGAGGUAGAGGAGAAAGAGGAGAGAGAGAGGAGUAAGGAGGAGGAGAACAUAGAGGAGAAGGAGGAGAGAGAGAAGAGUAAGGAGGAGGAGGUAGAGGAGAAAGAGGAGAGAGAGAGGAGUAAGGAGGAGGAGAACAUAGAGGAGAAGGAGGAGAGAGAGAAGAGUAAGGAGGAGGAGGUAGAGGAGAAAGAGGAGCGAGAGAUGAGUAAGGAGGAGGAGAACAUAGAGGAGAAGGAAGGGGGUAGGAGGAGUCAGAGUGAAGCCUCUGUGGAGUUACUAAGCAGCCCCCAGAAUUCUCCAACCGCAACCCCAGCCCCAACCCCAACCCCAGCCCCAACCCCAACCCCAGCCCCAGCCCCAACCCCAACCCCAACCCCAGCCCCAGCCCCAACUCCAGCACCGUCCUCUACCCUCAGUGAUGAUCCCUGCAUCUGGAGUCUGGAGCUUCUCAUUGCUGCGGCGCUGUGUGCCACCCGGGAUGACCGCUACCCCGCUAUGCUCCCCUCCACCACACCACUGCCUGCCCCACGCCCACUCCCACACCGAGGCAUGGAGAUACUGGGAGAGUUGGCUGAUCUGGGGAUACUGCAGAGGAACAGGGAGAAGGAGAGAGAGACAGGAGGAGAGGACGUUUUGAUCUUUGACCUUAGUAGCCUGGCGACCCUGGCUGCGGCUCGCAGUCUGGAGCUUGGGGGAGGAGCUCCAGGGAGGGGGGAGGGGAAGCACUGUCCCGUCAGGAGGACCUUCAACCUGCGGCGGAAAUGCAGCUGGACGCCUCGCCACGAGCCGAUGUGUCCGGUGAAGGGUGUCAUGGAGACGGUGGAUGGAGCGGAGCUAGCGAUACGAGUCCAGCUAGCGGAGAUCCAGAGACGUUACAAAGAGAAACAGAGAGAACUGACAAAGCUGCAGAGAAAACAUGACCGCCAGAAAGCAGAGACCUCUCACAGCCCUGCUCGCAGAGGGCCCGGUCGCCCCAGGAAACGCAAGUCUAUCUCCAGUCCCAGCGCCUCAGACGGCCCCAAGAGACUCAGGGCGGAGAAUUAUGAAUCAGAAGGGGGCGGAGAGAAGCGGAGGAAGACGAUGACUAAUCAUGGCUUCCUCACAAGGAGGAGAGGUCGUCCCAGCCUGAGCUCCCGACUAGCACGGAGGGUGACCCAGCUGAAGCAGAAGGUUGUGGCCCAGAGAGGUACACCGUCAGGGAGCAUGCACUGCCGCAGACGGGACCCUAGAUCUGGAGCCCAUGCAAACUGCAGAGGGAGUGCCACAGCAGCCGAUACAUCCAGUAACCAGCAAGACUGGGUGCCCAAUCAGGGGGUGAGGAGAAGGAGAGGUCGACCAAGGGUCAAACUGGGCGGACCUUCUACCAGAGUCCUCCGCAGAGGAGGUGUGGCCUCUGUGAAGCAGGAAAUGAACGAGGGGAAGAGCAACAGCGAGUGCUCAGGCCAGGAGGAGGAAGAGGAGAGGCGCUAUGACAGCGACGAAGGACUCAAUGACGUAAAUACAACGAUACCAUCCUUCAAAGACAUGACAACAAACUCUGCUGCGACUGGCCCAGCCGGUAAGCUUCAAGCCAUUCAGAAAGCCAGGAGCAAGGAGGAGAGGCAAGGUGAUGAUGUGAGCAUGCCCAGUGUGGCACUGAGGAGGAGAGGAGCCCCCUGCAGGCCGGGCCCUGCUACUGCAGAUGGGAGAUGCCCAGAGCUCCAGGAGCCACAAGGGGCUAGGAGAGAACCUGUACCUAGCUGGAGGGUCUCGUUAGUGGGCAACAGCUUCCAGGACAGCAGGGGGGUCCAGGGACCAGUGGCGGAGGCCAAGAGGAAGAUCUCGGGACAACAAAGCUUUCUGGGAAAGAGGAGAGGCUGCUGGCUGGAGAAUGAAACCCAGAGAGAGGACACCACCAGGGGAAGGAGGAGCAGGAAGAAGCAGGCUAAGGGGCGUGCAGUGAGCCGGCUUCUGGAGAGCUUUGCGGCUGAUGAAGGAUUCCGAUUGGACGAGGAGAGCAGCUUCUCUGAGGGGGAGGAGGAAGACAUGGAGCAUACACCUCACACACACAGAGAACCAGCAGUACUUAACUGUGUGCUGAGCAGGGAAAUGCUGGUGGAUGGUCUGAAGGUGUUGAUAUCUAAGGAGGAUGAGCUGCUGUAUGCUGCCCGACUACACACUCUGGACCUGCCUGACAUAUUCCGUGUAGUGAUCGAGGGGGAGAGAGGGAACAGGCCUAGAAUCUACUCUCUAGAACAGAUAUUACAAGAAGCGGUGUUGGAAGUGCGGCCACAGACAGAGGCCAUCCUGACUGCUGGGACACGUGUGUGUGCCUACUGGAGCGAACGCUCCCGUUGUCUCUACCCUGGAAACGUCCACAGAGGGGUUCCGGGCGAGGAGGAGAAGGGCAGUGUGAUGGUGGAGUUUGAUGAUGGAGACAGAGGAAGGAUUUCCCUACCCAACAUACGCCUGCUGCCCAAUGGGUACCAGAUACACUGUGCGGAGCCUUCUCUAGCCUUGCUCUCAACUGGACGUUGUGGUCGCAGAAGCUCCACCCAGGACAGUAGAGACAAGCCCACAGAGAGACCAAACAAUGAAGAGGCAGAAGGAAGGAGCCAGGAGAGGAGACCAGUUGGACGACCAAAGAAGGUCAAGCCAGAGGCCAAUAGUUCAGCCACGACAUCGUCAGAGAGAGUAACCGGGGGCAACACUUCCUCGAUAAGCUGGCCAGCGAAGAGACUUCCAGCGGACUUCUUCCUGUUUAACGGGACGUCCCGUAAAACCCACCGAGUGGGUCGCAAGCGAGACCUGGGGGUGUUCCACCGCCCAGCCACACACCCCCUCACCCCUCCCACACCCCUCAAGGGCAUCUUUAGUUCCCCCUUUGAGGUUGACUCUUUCAGUAGCAUCGCCAACAGUUACGCUGGAGCCUUCAGAAGCGGAACCCACCGGCCUGUUACCUCGGUAACGCCCCUGGUGCUAAGUGACUCUGUCGCCAUGACAACGGCACCCUCCAACAGGAAGUCGAGUGACAGGUACAGAAAACAGUUCCUGGUGAAGCUGGACCACGAGGGCGUGACCUCGCCCAAAACAAAGAAUGGGAAAGCUCUACUGCGUUUGGGGGGCGGCAGGGGGCAAAAGGGUCCAUCUGCAGGGGCGGAGGGGGCACCUCUCAGGUACAUCCACCCUGCCCUGGUGGUGAAGGAGGGGGCACCUCUCAGGUAUAUCCACCCUGCCCUGGUGGUGAAAGACAGAAAUAAAGGAGAAAGAAGAGGAGAGAGUGGAAUGUCCAAGUCUGAGCUGCUCCUGAAGGGGGCACCAGCCCUCAGAAAGGGGCUCCCCUCGUCUGGUUUAGCGGGUCUGGGGGGAGAGUUUGGUACUCUGGACUGCCCCAGUGACUGCCCUAGCUCUUACUCUGAGCUGGAUGAAGAUGAUGAUGAUGAUGAUGAUGAUGAUGAUGAUGAUGAUGAUGAUGAUGAUGAUGAUGGAGAUGAAGACGUAGCUCGGAGGAGAGCAGCAGCUGCGGGCGCAGGACGUUUCCUCUCACGUCUCUCUGUUUGCUCCUCGUCCUCUUCCUCUUCCUCCUCUUCUGGCUCCCUCUCUUCUUCCUCUCUCUGUUCUUCCGACUCCUCCUACUCCUCUGACGAAGAAGAAUCUUCAUCCCUCCUUCUCCGCCGAGCGCUGCUCCAGCAGCAGAAACACAAACACAAACAGAGCUUGACGUCUAACACCUUAACCCCUGACCCCACCACAAAGCCCAACCCAAGCCCCGCCUCGGCAACACCACACUCCUACGUUGCAAAGGCAGCCAUGUCCGUCACCGGGGAGUCAAAGGUGAGAGGAAGUGAUAGAGGAGAGGACAGGAAGGAGUACACAUCAAAGGGGAGGACCAAUAGUAGCAGCAGCGCAUCCAAAAGCCAAACCAAGAGGAGAGGUGGACCCGCCUCCAACACACACACUCUGUCUCUCAACACACACACUCCGACCCCCAACACACACAACCCGGCCUGCCAGCCCAAACCUCCCAAGGACCACCCAGCAGAAAAGAGGCAGAGGAUGUUGUCACCGAUCUGCCAUCCUAAUAUGUCCGCCCUCCUGCCGGGUCGCCAGCUGUGGAAGUGGUCUGGAAAUCCCACACAGAGGCGGGGUCUGAAGGGUAAGGCCCGUAAGUUGUUCUACAAGGCGAUUGUGCGUGGUGGUGAGACAAUGCAUGUGGGGGACUGUGCUGUGUUCCUGUCCCCCGGUCGGCCCCAGCUGCCCUACGUGGGGCGGGUGGAGAGCCUCUGGGAGUCCUGGUCCUCCAGCAUGGUGGUCAGGGUCAAGUGGUUCUACCAUCCCGAGGAGACAAGCCUGGGGAAGAGGCACCAUGACGGAAAGCAUGCUUUGUACCAGUCGAGCCAUGAGGAUGAGAACGAUGUCCAGACCAUCUCCCACCGCUGCCAGGUGCUCAGUCGCACCGAUUACGAGCACUUGAUUUGCCGACGAAAGCCAGGGGGUGGGGCCCAGGAUCUGUUUUACCUGGCAGGGACCUACGAGCCAACCACAGGCCAGCUGGUUAGCGCCGAGGGCGUGGCCAUCGUCCCCUAGCAACAACUAUGGAGUGUAAACAAAACAAAGCCUUAAAGAUGACAGCCUCAUCUCUCCAGGAUGAAUCCAGCUACUGGUGCUGGUGUCAGUGAAGCAUGGUUCUGUCCAAAUCCAGAAGAGUUUGGAAACGAGGACCUUCCUUGGUUCUACUUCCUACUGGUUCUGGAUCUUGGUUCUGGGUCCUAACUGGGUGUGGACGAUCCCAAACGCAAAAGGGAUAACGGCACUUUGGACCGCAGCACUGAAGUCAUCUGAUCUAAUGUGAUCUGAAGAGGGACUACAGUACUCUACUGACCUUCUGAAACAGACAGACAGUGUCCUCGCUACGUCUUGUCUCCAAGAGUUGUUUUACUGUCUGUCAUAGAGUCAAAAACUGUCAUAGACUGACUCUCAGGCAGUUUGUCAGACUGUCAUAGACUUACUCUCAGGCAGUUUGUCAGAGAGACUCCUGUGACUCUUACUAGGUUGUUGCUGUAAGUGAGAAUGUGAUGUGUUCACUUGUCAGUCUAGAGACCUGGUUAAAUAAGGGUUAUAUAGAAGACAUAAAAUAGAGACAGAGAGAGAGAGAGAGAGAGAGAGAGAGAGAGAGAGAGAGAGAGAGAGAGAGAGAGAGAGAGAGAGAGAGAGAGAGAGAGAGAGAGAGAGAACGAGAGAGAGAACGAGAGAGAGAACGAGAGAGAGAACGAGAGAGAGAACGAGAGAGAGAACGAGAGAGAGAACGAGAGAGAGAACGAGAGAGAGAACGAGAGAGAGAACGAGAGAGAGAACGAGAGAGAACGAGAGAGAACGAGAGAGAACGAGAGAGAACGAGAGCGCACGAGAGCGCACGAGAGCGCACGAGAGCGCGACUACACUGGCGGCUACACUGCUCUGAUGAUAAAUGAAUGACGGCAGGAUUGAGAAAUCCCAAAAGGACCAAUAACACUGUAGUUCUGAAGUGUGUGUGUGAGAGAGAGUAUGUGCUGAGUGGUUGUAAUUGAUGCAUUUGGUACUUGAACAGCUGAGAGUAAAUAGUGCUUUAGUGCGUUUGCGUGUGUGUUUGCGUGUGUGUGUUUGCGUGUGUGUGUGUGUGUGUGUGUGUGUGUGUGCGUGCGUGUGUGCGUGCGUUGGUCUCUAGUCUAGACCUCACCAUGGAAACCCUAGUCUUUAACACUCAAAAAGUAAACCUACUAAACCUAAAUCUAUGAAUAUUCACAUAUCAAUGGAUUUACUAACCGCUUCUUCUCUAGACAGAAAAUAAGUCAAAAAGGAAUGAUUAUUUCUACAGUCAAGCCAUACACUUCAAUACCUCUCAUAUCCUCCUAUUCAGGUACAGCUGAAUAAUUUGUCUAUUUCUGUGUGUUGUACAGUAUUAUGUAUAAAGACUUUAAUAUUCAACUGGACAUAGUAUACAUAUAUAAUAUACAUGAAGAGAGAACUAUAUUCCUCUUUGUUGCUCUUUACGUUGUUAUUUUUUCAAUGACUGUUGAAUAGUUAUUUUGGCUUAGGGGGAGGAGCUUUUAGACUUCUUCUCUUCCUGCACUGAGUACGUUGUGGAGAUGGGAUGGGGUCCAUGAGGGGUAAAGCUGUAAAUAUGCGACAGGUGAUGGGUUCAAGUCCCAUUUUGGUGGUUAGGGUGGAUUUAGUGACGGGGGAUGUUUUUAUAAGAAAAGUGGAAAAUGAUUUUUUUGUUCACAUCAUCAUUGGUCUGGUUUUGUAUAAUGUUCUUCUAGGUUUAUUGUCUAUUAUAAUGUUGCUUAUUCUCCUGUGGGGGUUUCAAAUCUAGAUUUCUUUGUUUUUAGAAAUACUGGAAAGAGUUUUUUCUAUUCGGCGAUCCUUAAAGGUCCAGACUAGAGAGUGCUAGAUGUUCUAUAUCUAUAUGUUCCUAGAGGAAAUCUAUGUAGCUAUUUAUCUGGCCUAAAAAAAAAUACUAAACCAAAGCGCAUCUAUGUUUCGUUUCAUCACAUUAGAAUGCAAUAUGAAGAAAUAUAAAAAUAUUCAAUAAAAUCUGAAUUCGGGGAUCCCUGCAAUCGUAUUCAAGUAGUACACCUGGGUUCCCCUCUUACCUGUUGGCAUAGGACAUGGCUUAACAUUCACCACAAUGUUGCCAUGGGAACACAGCAACUUUAUCUUCCUGCACGUAGCUUGGCUGUUGCACUUGAAGGCUCCAUGACAACCAUAUGACAUCGCAUGACUGUGAAGGACAAUCAGAGCCAAUCAAAAGAGGGGAAUGUCUAAAAAAAUGAUUAAGGAUCCAAUCAAAAUUGUGCUUAAUCUUGUCACUUUUCUUCCUGCUUUGCCAAAAAUGUGUCUUUUUGUUUUUAUUUUUAUUUCACCUUCCACCCUUUCCUGCCAGUUAUACAUGCCUGGGAUGAUUGUGUUUCAGUGUUGGGGUUUUCACAAGGAGAACAUUAAUGUCUUUUCAAAUGAGACAUACAUGAACUGACUUUUUUAAACAACAUUGUUGCUGUAACACUAUGACGCAAAAGCUUAAAAUAAAUCUAAUGUGAACAUCCAUGUUAUAUUACUUUUUGUAGGUCUUUAAACAAUAUUUUAAAAGCUGUAUUUUCUUAAAAAAACACUGGAUUCAGUUCUAAGCAUCCCAUUGGGUGAAGUGAUAUCAUCUUUGCGCAACCUGUUUUGAGACCAACUGGAAACGACUUACUUUGUAGGGUUGAUAUAUAGUUUGUGACAAUUGUCUGUCAUUGUUGGAAAUAUGACUAAAAUAUUUCCCCUGUGUAAAAAACAAAAUUAUUUAUCUUAAUUUGAUUGCCUUUCUGUUGCAUUUCAUUAAUUAAAAAAUGCUCAAAAUGAUCAAA